AUGGAGGGAAACAAAAAAGGAGAAACAAAAGCCAAAAAAGUCGCCUGCUCUUAUUGCAAAAAACGAUUCACACAUAAAGCGCACCUUCAGGUUCACAUGAGACUUCACACUAGAGAGAAGCAGAAAGACAGAAAAGCCAUGGCAGAGAAGCUACACACAUGCUAUCAGUGCGGGAAGAGUUUCCCAUUAAAGAGAAGCCUUCAGAAACACUUGAUUAUACACACCGGAGAAAAACCACACAGGUGUGAUCAAUGUGGGAAGAGUUUCCAUUCAAAGAAUAUAAAACAGCACAUGCUCAUCCACACCGGAGAGAAGCCGCAUGAAUGUAAUCAAUGUGGGAAGAGUUUCCGAAGCAAAAGAGAUGUUAAGAAACACAUGCUCAUCCACACCGGAGAGAAGCCGCAUGAGUGUGAUCAAUGCGGGAAGAGUUUCCGAAGCAAAGGUGAGGUGAAGAUACACAUGCUCAUCCACACCGGAGAGAAGCCGCAUGAGUGUGAUCAAUGCGGGAAGAGUUUCCGAAGCAAAGGUGAGGUAAAGAUGCACAUGCUCAUCCACACCGGAGAGAAGCCGCAUGAGUGUGAUCAAUGCGGGAAGAGUUUCCGAAGCAAAGGUGAGGUGAAGAUGCACAUGAGCGUCCACACUGGACUGAGGCCGUACCCAUGUGAUGAGUGCGGAAAGUUUUUUGCUCAAAAAAAACAGCUUCAGAAGCACAUGCUCAUCCACACCGGAGAGAAGCCGUAUCGAUGUGAUCAAUGCGGGAAGAGUUUCACUCAAAAAACACACCUUAAUGGUCACAUGAACAUCCACACCGGACUGAAACCAUACCCAUGUGAAGAGUGCGGAAAGUUUUUUGCUCAAAAAAAACAGCUUCAGAUGCACAUGAAAGUCCACACCGGAGAGAAGCCAUAUCCAUGUGAUCAAUGUGGGAAAUGUUUCCCAUACAAACAAAGCCUUAAACUACACCUGGCAGCCCAUGCCAAGGUGAAUCCUUACACAUGUGACGAGUGCGGGAAGAGUUUCAAAACCAGGUUACAAUUUAGGAGCCACAUGAAACUCACCCUGAAUAUAAGCCGUACAAAUGUGAUCAAUGCGAGAAGAGUUACGGGCGAGAAGACCACCUUCAGAGACACAUGA